AUGAGACCAGGCAUGCGCCAUCCACCGCCGGCUCCACCACUUCGACCACCCCAGCGUCUCAUGCCGGCACCGAAUGAUGGCGGUGUUUUUUUCGGGGGUCGUGAUUACGCACGUCGACAACAACAACAACAACUACCACCACAACAACAAAAUUAUCUACCACAAAAACCAUUAUUACCUCCAUGUACACCACCAAAUCAAUGGCAAAAUAAUCCAAAUUAUCGUCCUGGUCCUGUACCAUUAAUACGUCCCAAUGGUCCAUGGCAUCCACAUGGUAAUACAUAUCAUUCACCAUCUCCUCCACCAUUAUUACCUCCUCAUCAUCCACAAUUUAAUCCAAACUCUCAAACUCCAAUAACUUAUGUACCACCAAAUUCUACAGCAUAUGAAUUAAUGCGUAUUGCAAAUCCUGAUCAAAUUCCAUUUCUUGAACCACAUGAAGAUGAAGAUAAACUUGUUCGACAACAUCUUUCAUCAAAUAGUAAUAAUGAUGAAUCUCUUACAAUAAAUACAUCACCAUCAAAGACACAUAAACGUCGUCGACAACAGCAACAGCAACAACAACAACAACAACAUGAAAAUAAUCGAAAUAUGAUUUCUUAUCAAGAUUUGGAUCGUCCAGAUGAACAACGUGAUCCAUCAUUUGAUAAUCGUCUUGUACCAAAAUCGAAUAAAACAAAUCAUUUACCAUCGGACAAAACAAAUAAUCAAAUACCAAUAAAAUCUUCUACAGAUAAAGAUCAUGCACUUAAAUUAGAACUUGAUCGUAUUAAAAAAGCAGGUGCACAAGAAAGAGAAAAAUUAAGAGCACAAAGACAAGCAGCUGCUGAAAAAGAAAAAGAAGCACAAAUAAAAAAAACUAGUGCAAAAACCGGUGAUAACGAAAAACGUGAAGAUGGUGAACUCGGUGAUAGUUCCGAUGAUGAAAAUACAAAAUUAAUAUCACCAAUUGAACCGAAACGUUUAAAAAAAAUUGUCGAUAAUCUUGCUUUAAAUCCAUCAAAAUCAACAAUAUUAUUUCGUUCAAAAACACCACCAUCAGAAAGUAUUAUUGAUAUGAGUGUUAUGAAAUUAAUACGUCCUAUUAAAUUAUUUCGUCUUGAUGAUGAUAAUAAUAAUAAUUUAUAUCGUGAAUAUUUAACAACGAAUUUUGGUCGUGUACGUGUUCAUUGUCAUAAACCACAACCAAAUUUUUUUUCUAAUGUUAGUUGUAUUGAAGAAAUAAAACGUCGUUUACGUUUAAAUAAUAAUACAUCAUCAUCUUUAUUAUUUCGUCAUUUACUUGAUGAUAAUGAUAAUGAUUAUUUAACAACAUUACAAAUACAUGUUGAAACUGAAGAUGGAGAAAUUGAAAGUGAUGAUGAAAAUACAAUGGAUUUAAACGGUAAAUUAACUAAACAUAAUUUAUCAGAUGAUGAUAAUGAUAAACAAAUAAGAAAAAAAACAAAAUUAACUGAUGAUGGAUUGAAAGAUAUAACAAAAUCAUCAUUAAAUGAAAAACCUUGGAUGACGAAUGAACUUCGACAAUUAAUAAAACAAAGAAAUAAAUUACAAGCACAAAUACUUAAUGGUGAUACAAAUGCUGAUAUUGAAAAGAAAUUUAAAAAAAUGAGAAAUAAAAUAAGUAAACAUGCUAAAACACUUAAAGCUAAAUAUGAAAAUUCUAUAUUAAACUCUUCAGAACCAUCUCUAGCACCACCAUUUACAUCUCAACAACAAUCAUCAACUGCAACAUCAUCAUCACCAUCAGCUGCUACUACAGCAGCAGCAGCUAAUCAUCCAUUGUCAACAAUACUUGAUCCAGCUCUUUUUAUGGCAAUGCUUGUUAAUCCAAGUCUUUAUUCUCAUGUACAACAACAAGUAUUUUCAAAUCCAAAUUUUAUGCAAGCUUAUCAACAUAUGUUUGCUGAAGGAAAUUCAACAACAUCAUCGAAUUCAACAAGUUCUCUUCCUCCAAAAGUUGCAAGUGAAACACAAGUUGUUCCAUCAACAACGGUUGAUGGUUUAAUUAAACACGUGACAACACCAAAAGCAACUAAAGAUCAACAACAACAACAGCAACAGCAACAAAAUAUUUCAUCAACAAGAUCUCGUCCAGUAUUAACACAAGCAACAAAACCAAUACAAUUAAGUUCACUUGAAUCUGAAUUUGAUAACGAACAACGAAAUAAAUCUAAAACACGUUUUAUUUCAUCGGAUACACCAUUAACUGAAAGUCAACAACAAGAUAUUGCUUUAACACAAGAAUUAAUUCGUCGUCAAUUAGCAUUAUCACAACAACAACGUAAUCAACGUAAUCCACAUCCAACUAGUCAAUUAUCAUUAUCAACACCAUUAAGUCGUCAUAUACCAUUAACAACUGAACAAAUGCAAGAAAUUUUAACACGUGCAAAAAAUUAUGUUACACGACAACAAAGUGAUGAAACAACAGAUUCAUCAAAUAAUCAACCACGUUUAUCAUAUAAUACUCGACGUUUACAAGCUGCACUUGCUGCAUCAGCUUCAUCAGCUACACCACAAACAGCACAUACUAUUGGACAAGCUGCUGCUGCUGCUAUUGCUGCUGUAUCUGCCCGACCACCAUCAUCAUUAACAGCAACAACACAAACACCAAUACAAACACCAACACCAACAUCAACAUCUGCAUCAAUAACGAUAGCAAAAACAGCACCAUCGUCAUCAAAUUCACUUGUUACAUCAGUUACACCAAUUCCACCAUCAUCUCAACAACAUCCAAUUCGUAUUCAACUCGAUCAAAAAUCGAAAACACUUUCAUCGAUUAGUAAUAAUCAAUCAUUACCUAUACCAACAAUUAAUCAACAAAAAAUCAUGCCUUUAGUUGAUGUUAAUCCAUCACCUCCUGCACAUAUGUAUCCUGCGCCAUCGAAUUGGCAACGUCCUCCUCAUCUACCUGUUUCACAUUAUCCUAUGCCACCACAUCAACAACAAUAUUCACCAUAUGAUAAUCCUCAUACACAACCGUAUUAUGGUCCACGAACAAAUUAUCCGCCUGAUAUUCGUCCACCACCUCCACCAUCAUAUGGUCCUCUUCCACCACGACAUCUUUCUCAACCGCCAAGAUAUAAUGGACCAUUACCUCCACCUGGACCAUAUGGUUAUGGUCAUCCACCACAGAACUAUGGACCUCCACCACUUCAUCCUCAUUAUAGUCAUCAUUAUCCUCCAUCUUGA